GGCUCUAUUGAAAGUAGGGGAAAGGUCGUUGAUGGAACAAACUGUUUAGGCAUACUGCAGAGUUAGCUAGCUGAGGCGUCGAUCCCUCAUAUUAAUUACCAGCUGCAUCUAGUGCAAGUGAUGGAGGCUCAGGAAGAGAGCUGUGCUGGUCCCCCUCUCUCUGUCCAGCCCCUCACACCCACGCAUCAUGGACACUGUUGCAAAGCCACCCUCUAUACAAGUGAGGAGGCCACCAGAUCACGCUUUGAUCAGCUGAUAGAGAACUUCAACAAUUGGCUCGCCACACGUCCAUCACCAUACAAGUCGUCACACUGGCUACCCUCAAUGGCCGACCAAUCAGAUGCUGAGGAGCAGGCCAGCCACCGUCUGAGCAUGCUCAGUAAAACACUGUGGACAUGGAGAGAAAGCGUCUCAGAUUCCCGUCGAUGGAGGGUAUGUGUUGAGAUUGAUGCCAGGAACUGCCUGAGACGAGCCUUUCAUGACUGGAGACUGCACAUCUACCACUGCAUACUGGACAAGCUAGCUGAGGAGUACACAGAACAAGGGAGGACCACUGCCUUGCAAGCUUGGUUCCAUAUAUGGCAUGAGAGAGCGUGUGUGCGUGAGGGAGAGAGAGUCCUGCUAACCAGAGUGACAUCACUACUAGAGCAGCGUCUCUGUGGGAGGGCUCUCUGUGAGUGGGCGAGAGUUACCAGGAUAUCACUACUAGAGCAGCGGCUCUGUGGGAGGGCUCUCUGUGAGUGGGCGAGAGUUACCAGGAUAUCACUACUAGAGCAGCGGCUCUGUGGGAGGGCUCUCUGUGGAUGGGCGAGAGUUACCAGGCUGUCAAGGUGGACCAAGGCCCGGAGUCAAUUGUGUGUACGGAGGUGUUGGUCUCUCUGGAGAGGGGGUGUGGCUAAACAACGCUCGUUACUGGAGGCAGCAAAGAAGAAGCAUGAAGUUCUCUCCCUAUCACAUGCCCUACACACUUGGAGAAGGCAGUUACACGCACACAUAGCAGCAAGGGACUACCUCUCCCUGGGCUUGCUGUCUAAAUGUUUCACUGUUUGGAUGGAGCUGACAGAAUGGUCCCACACAGAGUCUGCCCUGGCCUUCGUGGGGAGGCUACAAGAACUUCUCUGUAGAGACCCGACAGUGACCUACCCCACCAUGGUGUCCAGUCUCACUCUAGCUAGUAGGAACCUUCGUUUGGGAGAUGGUGGUCUGUCAGGGGAGGAGUCGACCUCUGACCUACCGAGCCAACACGAGUGUAAGCCUGUGUCCUGGCUGCAGGUUGAGAGUACUGGCAGCUCACACGAUGAUGACCUUUGCCCUUGUCUACACACAGAGCUGCUCAGUAGCGUUGAAGAGGUCAAACAACUCCUACUAUCAGAUCUGUCUGAUUCUAUCAGCUCCUCCUCACACCAUUACAUCAUAUCAUCAGAGGAUGUUACGCAGAUUGUUGAACCACCCCCUCCUGUGGUUGCUAUGGCUACCUGUUGUGUUCAACAUCUACGGCUUCAUUGCUGUAGCAAAGCAUUUAAUAGUUGGAGAUUGUAUGCAAUGAUUAGUCUGAGGUUGGAGCAUGCUCAGAUCUGGUCAAAAUGGCGGACAACAAAGAGGAUGUUUCAUUGUUGGAGGGAUCUCGCUGCCUCGAGGACACAGCUACAGAAUAGCUCCACCCACAGUCUAAUGUGCUUGUGCCUCAAGCGUUGGCACAGAACAGUCAGAGAUCUGAGGCAAGAUCGAGAGGCUACACUUCUGCGACGGGCCCAGCUGUUGUCUCGUGUGUGGGCGGUGUGGAGACGUGAGCUUGUGAGGGAGAGGGUAUCUAUGUGGGGGGUCCGUACCAGCAGGGACCUCCUACUGAGUCAGGUGAUACGAUACCCCCUAUUGUGUACAGUUACUGAGUGUGCCAUUCAUUCGUGCAGGUACUCUCAGCAUGGCAGGUAGCAGUGGGAGUUUGAGACUCAGCAGAACAUAAUAAUUUGAACACUCUUUUUUAUCAAAACAUUUUGAACUCUCUUACCAAAACACAUUAAUUUUCUUAUCAAUAAUUAUCUCAUGAUGUUCAAUUUAUUAACUAAAUUGUUAUUGUUCAUUCGUUUGUUAGUCUUCAUGUUCAGUGGAAUACUCGGUGUCUGAGUGAGACUUAA